AUGCUCACCAACCCCACUAAGAUGAACCCAACACAUAUUGAAGAUAGUGAAUCUGGGAAGAAACAUCACCUUCCAAUGCUUAAGCUUUUUGAUUCCUCUCUGAGGCUCUGUGCGGUUCCUUUAUCUGUGGCAACCAUAUGGGUUACUGUCACUAACCAGCAGAACAACAUCAGCUAUGGAAUACUCAAAUAUAACAACCUCUCUGCUCUCAAGUAUAUGGUUUUAGUCAGUGCCCUCUGUGCAUGCUAUGCUCUUGUUGCUGCUGCGUGCUCAUGGCUCAGAUGCUUUGUAUCCAAAGCUUGGAUUUUCUUUGUCUCUGAUCAGAUAGUGGCAUAUUUAACGAUGACAUCAGUUGCUGCAGUGACAGAGAUAUAUUACCUGGCUUACAAUGGUGCAAAGGAAGAUUCUUGGAGCGAAGCAUGCAGUUCCUAUGGCAGGUUUUGUGGCAGAGUGAAGUUGGCUUUGAUACUCCAUGCCAUCACAUUUUGCUGCUUCCUUGUUUUAGCCGUGAUUUCGGCUUUCAGAGCGUUUAGUGUCUUUGAUCCUCCUUAUGUCAAUUCUCAAGAGGUGCAAAUGAUUAAUUAG